AUGUUACUCGGCAGACCAACUAAUAACCUUCGAGCAGGUAUUGUAGGUCUUGCAAACAUUGGGAAGUCUACUUUCUUUCAAGCCAUUACAGAUUCAAAAUUAGGGAAUCCUGCAAACUACCCCUUUGCCACAAUUAAACCAUCACAAGCACUAUUGAAAAUCCCUAAUCCUCAUCUAGAAAAACUAAAGGAUUUAUACCAAUCGAAGGAAAUACAACAUGAGACACUAACCGUUUGGGAUAUUGCUGGAUUAACAAGAGAUGCCUCUAGGGGGAAAGGUUUAGGUAACAAGUUUCUUAAUGAUAUAGGUUCUGUAGAUGGUAUAUUUCAUCUAGUAAGGGGAUUUCAGGAUGAUAACGUGACACACUUGGAAGGUGGUGUCGACCCUAUCAGAGAUAUGGAAAUUGUUCAGGACGAAUUAAUAUUAAAGGAUAUGGAUAAAUUAGAAAGUUCGUUAGAUCAUUUAGAGAGAUUAGGUAAAAACGCUAAGAACAUUAAAGAUAAAAUAAAUGAACAACGUGAGAAGGACUUAUUAACGGAAUUACAAAACCAUCUUUAUGAGGGGAAGAAAAUUAUUAAUUUUAAACAAGAUUGGACUCAAGAAGAAGUGGAUAUCCUCAAUAAAUACAAUUUCCUAACUGCAAAACCUUCAUUAAUUCUAUUAAAUUUGAGUGCAAAGAAUUAUAUCACUCAGAACAUUCCAUAUUUAAAACAAAUUCAAGAAUGGAGGGAUCAAUUUGCACCUCUAGAUAAAAUUGUUUCAUUCAGUGCAGAUUUCGAAACGCAAUUCAACAACCAUAAAAGUGAUCUCGACACUAUCAAGACUAAUUACCAAAACUCUUUAGGAAUAACAAAAGAUGAAAUUUUAAACUUGAAUAGUUCUUUACCUGAUAUUAUUACAAAGAUGAAAAAGGCCCUAGGGUUAAUCGGAUUUUAUACAUGUGGUCCAGAAAUGGUAAAACAAUGGAAUGUACGUGUUGGAUCAACUGCACAGGAGGCAGCAGGUGUCAUCCAUACAGAUUUACAAAAGACUUUUAUAAGUGCAAAUGUUAUUAAAUAUGAUGACAUCAAGGAUUACAAACCUCCAUUGAAUAUUUCUCAAUUGAAGGCUAAAGCUAUCAUAAAACGUGUAGGGAAGGAUUAUAUCAUGCAAGAUGAAGACAUUCCAUAUUUUGUAGCUGCUGGGGGUAAAACAAAAUGA